UUUUUGGACAUAGUCCAACCUGUUCUUCUUGUGAUCCUAAUAAAAACUCAGCCAUUGUUGUCAUAACCUACUGAUAUAACAGUGCACAAUGAGGAACAGAAACAGUAAGUUAGGGAAAGAAAAGAAAAAGCAAGUAAGUGUGAAGCUACAUGUGCUAUAAUAAGAAUUGGAUGUUCCUAUGACAGCCCAAACAUCCAGUUUAUGAAAACCUCGUAUGGCGAGGAUUAUUUGGCACAGUUUGAUAUAUGGGUAAAGGACUUAGAAUUCCCUGGAAAGGGCAGUUUUAGUCCCAGGCAGAUAGGACAGUUAGAAGAAAAGUUGAAACAGAAGGAAAAAGAAGAGUCUGCAGAUAAUGUUAAGUUCUUAGGGGACUAGAGGGCGUUUUCUACAUGGAAAAAAGAAACACUUAAGAGAGAAUACAAAAGAGAGAAAUGACAGGCAGGGCUCUCACCCUCUUCUCAGUGUUUGAAAUUUCAGAUGGACCCUGACCUGGAGUCUGCCCCACCACCCCAACACACACUGCCUCCUCAGCGAGGUGGAGCAUCACUCCCACAAGCGCUUCACCCACAGAAAGGGGGAGAAGUCAAGACAAAGAAAAAAAAAACUGAGCCUCUGGAAUCUCUCCCAGCCUACCAGCCGCCUCCAGCAUCAGUGCCUCUCAGCGCUUCUCCAUCACACACGAGAUCCGGUCUUGCAUACGGCGAUGGACAAGACACCCUCCUGGACCUGACCACGUGCUCACCAGUGGGUCCACAAGGCCAUAAUCUAAAGUCUGAAGUCCUUCAUCUUCCAAUGAUGGAAGUGGCUGGAGCUGAUGGCGUGCUUUUAGUCCACAGACCCUGGAUGACAGCUGAUAUCAAGGAAAGCAUGGCUUCUCUUCCCAAUGUGAGAGAGGUAGGAGGAAAGAGAUUUAGUAACGAACUGUUGAUAUUUUGCAGAGAAUUCCGACCGACCACCCAUGAACUUCGCUGCCUAAUCAUGACCAAGAUGGGUAUAGAUUGGAACAAAGUUUCCAAAGAGUGGCCGGAAGCUGACCAGCGAAUGACUACACCAGACUGGAGCGUGGCUGGCAAUGACUGUUCAGCCUGGAGAAAAAGGAACAAGAGGAGGAAGAGGUUGAAGUAGGGGCCGAGACAGGACAACCUGGAGUGACUCGUCCUGGAUAAAAGGUGCAACCUGCUACAACUGCAAUCAAAAGGGACACAUUACUCGAAAUUGUCUCCGCAGUAACAGGCAGAAGCCCCGUGAGGAGUACAGCAAAGCAGACUGAUGGGCGGACUCCGGGAACGGGCCCCACACAGAGAACAGGGGAGGUAACACACACACACACCUGAUGAUACACAUACACAUAGACAGGAGCAUUCACAUAACAUUAAACACAUUAGUAGCAGCACCUGCAUGCAACAGCAAGACUACACAGAAACGCCCGAUACACCAGUCCAGAUAGAUACACCUGAAGUUGCAUUAAGUUUGUUAAAAUACACAACUACUCCCUUUUCUAAACUCCCUUGUAUGCCCCUCACUGUGUGUGGGCAUGUGUUAGCCUUUUUAGUAGAUUCUGGAGCAGCACACUCAGUGAUACAACAUGGGGUACUUCCAGUAGACCCACCGCUCAGCUCAAAUUCUAUUCAGACGAUGGGCAUCUCAGGACGACCUGUAACCAAAACUUUCUCAGUCAACCUCCCGUGUAAAAGCAAGGGAGGAAUAGUUACGUCCCACUCAUUCCUCAUCUCACAUACAUGUCCAGUAAAUUUGUUAGCACAUGAUUUAAUGUGCAAAUUAGAAGUAAAUCUCACAUCCACUCCAGAUGGACUAACUAUUGAAGUAAGUGAAAUGUGCGGUGUGCAGUAUGGGUUUGGAAGCCCCCUGUAUGUGUAUGUCUGGCAGCUCUGCUCAGAUCAGCUCACACAAACUCCAAAACACCUUGUACAGCUCGCAUACUUGAACACCUCAUCAGUUGACACAGAUUAUAUGAAAGAGGAAGAUUUGCAUUGUACAGCACAUGUUCACCAAGGGCAAGAUGUAGAGUUUGAAAAUACUUGGUUUGCAGACCCCCAUGCACGUGAAAGAUUGACCCUCAAACUAUGUAUUGGUCUAAACAUUAUUGCGCUGUGCAGGUCCAUUUUACUCAUUGUCCAAACAGCUGCAUCAAUGCUCAUUGCAGUGUUCUCAAACAUGUUAUACGCAGCCUCGUGUCAGAGGACUCUGAGGUCGGCUGCUGCCAACAUGAUUUCUUUGACAUCAUUAAUUCUAUAUCCCAUGUCUCAUUACCAAGGCUGCGAGCCACCCAUUGGAAAGACGUGGGGAAGUGGGUCAGGAAGUGUGCAGUCGAUGGCAAUGAAUGGUCCCAAACAGAGGACCCUAGUGUGUUGUUUUGUCAAAGGCUUGGGGUCUACAAACAAAGUCAUGCUAUGUGUGUGUAUGUUAAGCGCAGUGUAAUAUUAGCCACUGAUGACCAGGGUCCUGGGGACCUCGGCCAUACUGGCCUGUUUGUCUCUGUUUCCACAGGCAUAACUCCAGCAGAGGUGCACCCCAAAUUGGCGGGCGUUCCAAAUUCCGUUUGGGCAAAGGGUAAACAUGAUGUGGGCCUAAUAAAGAAUGCUGAACCAGUGGUGAUCACCCCCAAAUCAGAUUUCAGUCCUAAACAGACCCAGUACCCACUCAAACCAGAAGCAAUUGCAGGUAUAAAACUGGUCUUUGAUUCGUUGCUGAAGGCAGAUGUAAUUGUCCCUUGCCAGGACUCUCCAGUGCGCACUCCUAUUUUUCCAGUUAAGAAGGCAAGAAAACCGUCCCAGCCCGAUGAGUGGAGGUUUGUCCAAGAUCUGCAAGCAGUCAAUGCUGCGGCUGUCCCGCACAUGCCUGACUCCCUAAAGAGUGCUCUGCAGACCACACCCACUCUGGGACUGCCUGACCCCAAUAAACCAUUUGUUCAAACUGUCGAUGAAAAGAAGGGUUUUAUGACCUCUGUUCUUUUGCAGAAACAUGGGGAUAGAUUGAGACCUGUAGCUUACUUCUCCAGCAGGGUGGAUCCAGUGGCGGCUGGACUUCCUGUUUGCCUGCGUGCAGUUGCUGCAGCUGAAAAGGCGGUAACUGCCUCCAGAAAUAUUGUGGGGUAUUCUAACCUCACCCUUUGGUCCCACAUGCUGUCUCCCUGCUUCUGUUGGAGAAAAAGACGUCACAUUUGUCAGCACAGAGAUGGUUGAAGUAUAACACUGUCAUACUUGAUAUGCCUAACAUCAUUGUGAAACGUUCUGUUCUAAAUUCUGCCUCUCUUCUCCCUACAGAGGACGAUGGAGAGCCACAUGACUGUGUUGCUCUCACUAAUGAUUUUUGUUCCCCCAGGGCAGACUUAGAGUGACCCUUUUGGAAAAUCCAGACAUGGUCCUCUAUGUGGAUGGUUCAGCCUCCAGAGACCCGGAGACGGGAAAGAACAAAGUAGGUUUUGCCGUAGUCUCAGAUCACGAGGUCCUCAAGGCGUCACGUCUGCCCUCGAACCUGUCGGCGCAGGCUGCAGAGCUCUGUGCCCUCAUUGAGACAUGCAAAUUGGCUGCAGGGUGAUCUGUCAAUAUUUUUACGGACAGUAGGUACACGUUUGGCGUUGUGCACGAUUUUGGCACUAUUUGGAAACACAGAAAUUUUCUCACUAGCACAGGAUCUCCCAUUGCACAUCAUAAACUGGUCUCUGAGUUGUUGGAUGCUGUUCUACUCCCUAGAGCCAUUGCUGUGUGUAAGUGUGCUGCCCGUACUAACAAUACUGAUCUUGUGUCUCAAGGGAAUGCCAGGGCGGACGCGGCAGCUAAGUGUGCAGCCUCGGCUUCCAGUUCACCCUCUAACCUUGCCUUUCCUCAGGUUUCUACCCUUUGUUUACAGCUAGCGGACCUUCAGAGCACUGCCACCCAGGACGAGAGACGAGUCUGGAAACAGGCGGGCUGUAUCCUUGCAAACUUGGUCUGGGUUUGUCCCUCGGGCCGUCCCGGUCUACCAAAAUACAUGUUCCCUUUCUAUGCAAAAUUGGCACAUGGGCUCACCCAUGUGUCAAAAGGGGGGAUGGUAACAGAAGUAACAAAGAGAUGGUUCACAAAGGGGUUUUCAAAUUAUGCUGUGAAAUUUUGCAAGCAAUGCUUGAUAUGUGCACAAUAUAAUGCAGAUCAAGGUAUCAAACUAACUCAAGCAGCACACCCAAUACCAGACAAACCAUUUGAUCACCUCCAAAUGGACUUCAUUGAACUGACACUUAGAGAGGGAAAAUGGGUCACUUAAAAAUAAACUAAGCAAAGCUUGUGCAGAAACAGGGCUAGGAUGGACAAAGGUCCUCCCUGUAGUACUCACACAAAUGAGGAUGCAAACUAGGCCUAAACAUGGGUUAAGCCCAUUCGAAAUUCUGUUUGGACGAGUACCCAACACGGGGAUAGGGCCAGCUCAAGGAACACUGCUGGACACCACACUGUGUGAUGAUGCAAUGUUGAAUUACUGUGCAACGUUGUCCUCUGCUUUGAAAUCUAUCCACAAACAGGUAAAGAAGCACUUCCCAAACCCGCUGAGGGACCUCUGCACGAUCUACAACCAGGGGAUUGGAUCGUGGUAAAGGACUUCCGACAAACCAAGUGGAACAAGCCAUGGUGGAAUAGCCCAUUCCAGGUCCUGCUCACGACCCCAACUGCAGUGAAGGUCACAGGCAGAGUGACGUGGAUCCAUGCUAGCCGCUGCAGGAGGGUACCUGAACCGGCUGAGCAGGAGGAAAAGGAAGGCCUAAGUGACCUGGACGCUGACUAAAGCUCGUGAGGAAGAAAGGCAUCACUGCAUGGAACAAUGCGAGUAUCACAUCAAUCACGCACGCACCCUCAAUAGGGAAGAGUAUUUCAGUGUCUAGCCGAUAGACAAGUCUUAGGGUUUCGAGUUUCCUCCAAGUCCCGGUGAGGUAGGACGAGGGCUGAUAGGGCAUGCCCGCCCUCUAAGCACCAAUACACGUCAAGAAGGGCAAGGGUUAACUCGGUAACAUUACUGAGGCACUGAACAAGAUGCGCAAGGUUGCUGAACAAUUAUGAGCAGACGAACAUGGAGGAGACAAAGACAGCUGGUGGCAUUGGUUCAGUGGAUGGAAGACUCUGAUUCUAUCCACCAUACCGGUCCUGGGCUUAGUGAUUGUGAUGCUAUGUUUGCUCCCUGUUUUCUGUCAAUGUUGUAUGUCUGUGUUUCAGAGGCAGCUGACAAAUAUUGGUUACCAGAUGGUGAAAAUAGACUCUGAUGACUUGCCUGACUGGCCUCCAAACUCACAUGAAGACUAUAACCCACCAUUUGAUGACAUCAGCACAGUUGACAUGAAACUAGCCCUAACUUAAAACACUUUCAUUAUGAUUGUUUCCUGUUCUAUUAUUCCUGAUCUAUGUAUAUGGCUUGCUAGCAUUCAUUUAAGAUGUCUAUGUCUUAUAAAACAGCCUUAGCAUUAUCCCUGUACACUCAAUGACGUGUUAAGUCGAAUCUCUCUGAGAACUCUUAUCACUGAAACUGUGUACAGUUCUUUUCUUUCCUUUUAGCAAUUUAUCCUAUAGGAUAAAAAGGGGGGAAUGUGAGGGAAUUUUAAUGGAUGAACAUUAUUAUUCUCUGUGUUUCUGUAUGUUGAACUAAAGUGGCUUAGUUACUGAGAAGAGAUGUUUUUCCACAUGCUGUAAUCGCUUUUCUGUGGCCUUGGUGGUAAUGAGCAGGGUGCUUGAGUUUGUCCUAACUACGCAUCUUCUCAUGAUGUAACCACCUUUCCUGACCUCGGUGGUGAUAAGCAGGGAGCUUGAGCUCUCCCAAACUCGCAUCCGCCUGCACAUACCAGAGCACGCCAGGUGCACGCUUUAACAAAGCUUCAUAGAAAAUCUUGAGCCAAUCACGUGAAGACACAAGCAGUGAGCGAAUGCUUUCAGAGUAUAAUAGAUAACAUUCCUAAAACACAACUCAGAGUGCACGUACUCUCGGCAUCAUCAGAAGUGAUGUCUUCUUCUAUUCUUCUCUUUCCUUUCCUAUUUUAUAUAUCUUUAUAUGAUCUACUAUAA